CGAUGGCCGCCUUCCAACUGCGAGUUUCUGAUCGAUGACCUACUGAAGCCAGACUGGUCUACACCUUUUGUAAAUGUGAACUAUAUUCACGUCGGCGAACUAAGGGGAGAUCACAGACUUCUGGCCUCCAUCUUGGAUGGAGCUUAUAGGUACAAACCCUCUCCCGCAAGAUCUCGUAUACUCACUAAAUUGGUGGUCUAGAUAUUGUUCGGCGGGAGGUGUUAUUGAGAUCUGGGACACCACCGUAAAGUUCCACGAUCCCAAUGGUGCAAGCCCACUCCACAACCUGUGGAGAGAUAUGGAAACAGCCUAUAAUAUGGAUGAACGGUCGCUCAAUCUUCCAUUCAUAUAUUCUGAAGAGAUCGAACGUCGCGGUUUUGUCAAUGUGGUGGAGAAAGUUUAUCAUCUACCGCUCAACCUGUCAGUCCCCGGCCCAGCAACCUCGCUCGUCGCAAGUUGGGCAGAUGGACCGGAGGCAUACAGUAGCGAGUUGUUGGUUAGACACCUUGGAAGACGACACCUCGAUAUUUCUAUACAGGGUGCUGCAGCACGUCAAGCCGUACGACUGGGUGUCGAAGGUUGGCUACAGAUUCGAGUUACAUCCGGUCAGAAAUAGGCCUCGCCAAAACCCACCCAAGUCUCACGGCUGAACAUAAAGCAUCUAUUGUCCACGGACCAAGAUAUAUGGAGAGAGGGGCCCACGUAGCCUAAUCGUGGUCCCCUCAAUACGUGAAAGCGCGCAAUUAUGAGGCCAUACCCCCAAUGGAUGUCCCGAUCAAGAUCGACCAGAUGGGACCGCUCGAUGUUAUUCCAACUAUCAGCCUGCCGUGUUUCAGAUUGCAGGAUAGGCUAAAAUGAGACGCAACGCAGAGUCAAGGCUUUGAAUGUUUUAUCUACAGCUUUCCCCCGGGUAACCGUAUAAAUUGGAUUAUGGUCACACCGAUCGUGGCCUCUCAGGUAGCAUCCUGGUGGGCAUCAUGGGUCAUGGCUGGUUGUCCAGAAAGGACUACUUUUCGUGGGAUUUGUCGAUGCGUAUUCCUUGGUCUUCGUAGUUGUACACGUAGCCAUUUCGUUUAUCGUUACAUUCUAGUGUCUGAAAUACCGGUUUGUGUUGACAUCUGACACGCAGUUAUUCGCUCGGAUGAGACGUCGCUGGGGUCAGGUUUUUCCAACAGCUACAUGAAUUUACCAUAGGCGCCUAUAGCGUCGACCAAUUGUAUAUCAUCAAAGGAAGCCAGCAGGUACC